AUGGCGUUUCUCGCAGCACCUCCGCCACCCCCGAGCCACCGUCGACGACCACGGGUCCUCUCGGACUCGCCAGCCUCCGCCGUCAUCACCGUCGCCGCCGCCACCAAGCCUACAACGACACCGACCGACGCACGUCGCCCAGCCCGACCACCAUCACGACCGACACAUCAAUCAGACGCCGUGUGCCGAUCGACCACGCGUCCACCGGCACCCUCCACCGCCGUGCCGCCGACCAUCGCGCAACGACCGGCGCCCCCUACAGCGGUGGGCCAACCGCACCCCGUGCAGGUUCUCUUUAGCCUAGACGCCAGUAAAGAUUAUCAAAAUCUCAGCACAAAAAUCUACAGGAAACCGUCCUAA